CAAUUUCCACCAGCAUCAAACACAGCGUAUUCACCAUGGAGUGGUCAAAGCAGACGUAUAACAGCCAGUACGAGAAGUGGGUGCCUUGGAUGGAGGACAUGUACCUCUACUACUUCACCAAGGACAACAAGGCCAGCUACUCUGCCAAACAAAACCUCGACAAGUCAAAGGUCACGGGCGUCGACCAAGUCGACAAGCUCCAAGACGGCGUCAACGGUGUCGCCGCCGGCCAGCUCGGACAAGGUGGCCUGCUCCAGCCCGUCGGCGACCUCGCCUCCAAGGAGGGCGCCAACCGUGCCGAGCGUCAGGGCAAGGGCAACGACGGGAGCUACGUCCCCGGCCAGGAGAACCUGACAAACGCCGCGUCGGGCGUUGCCGAGGGCGGCAAGAACGUCGCUGGCACCGCUGCCUCGGGUCUCAAGGGCGCCGGCGGCUACCUGGGUCUCGGUGACGGCAACAAGGAGGAGGGCGAGAAGAAGGAGCAGAAGUAGGAUCAUGAUACCACGGGACCAUACGACAUGCAGCGCAACGCAACGGAGCGACUUUAUUAAUCCAUAGUUAUUGCAAUUAAUGAGAACGACAACGAUCAACAAAGCAGGGUAUUUGUCACAAAUCAGUCCACUUCCUCCCAUCUCCUACUCCUCGUCCCAGGUGACCUUCAUCGUCGUAGGGAAAGGCCAGAUGCUGCCCCAGUCCUCGGUCAGGUACACGUAGAAGCCUCCUGGGCGAGGAACCUUCUUCAGCAGACCCUGAGGUCCAGCGACCCUGCGCAAGUUCUUCUUGCGGAAUACGGCACGGAACAGCUCAGCGAGAGCAACCUGGCUGAUACCACGGCCCAGACAGGCGUGGGGUCCGUCACCGUAGUGGAUGUAGGCAUCCAGGGGACGGCGCGGGUCGAUAAUGUCAGGGUU